AUCUCGGACCUGCGGCCGCUGGUGACGAACGAGCACUACCGCGGCGUGCUGGACGUGUACCUGGACGGCAACGGCGUGCGGUCGGUGGCGGCGCUGGAGGGGUCGGCGUGGCUGCUGCGCUUCCGCCUGCUCAGCCUGCGCGGCAACCGCCUGGCGCGCCUGCCCACCUACGCCCUGGAGAGCGCGCUGCAGCGCAACCGCCACGCCGCGCGCCUCUACCUCGGCGACAACCCCUGGACGUGCGACUGCCAGAGCACGCCCAGCUUCCAG